CAGUCGCUAGAAUCCUAUGCGUCGUGUGGCUCUUACCUUAGGCAAUGGCGUCGAAAUUCCGUCGCCAGCAGCAGCGGAAGCGAUGGUCGGACGCGGGAACGGCAUUUCCGCCCACCUACGUCUCGCGCGCCACAGCCCUUUCCGUCGGGGAUGUGCCGUUCGAGCGGGAACUAAUCAGAUCCAUUGAUCCGCUACGAGCUGAUUCGCUUAGAGCUGAAAACGGAGCCGCGGUGCACAGAGCUUCGUCAGGAGCCACGUCUGGGUCGCCGGAGCUGCGGCGGUUCGGCAGCGCGCUGCUGCAACUCACCAGCCUCCGAUCGACAUUCGCCGAGAUUCCGCACAUUAAGGAGCUCUCCGACUCGCUGGACGCUCUGUUCGCCCGCUGGCGCGAUGCGAUCAGUGCAGCCGCGACUGGUGCCGAUGAUCCCGCGGCUGAUCCGGCUGGCAGCGACAGCUCAGAAGAGCGCGAGCUCGCGGCAGCCACUCGUCUCUACUUAGAGAUUCUGUUUCUCGAGAAUUCCCGCCCGCUGCACCGCGCGCUGCUCUCCGCCCUCGCGCGGACCUUCGCGCUACACGGGGAUGGCUCAGCGGGGAGGGGCAAAGGAAAAGGCGGAGGCGGAGGGGGAGGGCGGAAGGGAGGGAAGGAGGGGAAGAGAGGCAGGGGGCAGUGGGACGACGAGGGUGAGGGGAGCAUUGCGGGGAGGGCGAGGAGGCUGAUCGAGAGAGCUAUCGCGUUGUGCUGUAGCGAGUACGGCGUUGGUGGCGCCAAGAGGAGACCGUUCGCCGCAGCAGCAGCAGGGGCGGCCAUCACUGCCUCCCAGUUCCAGGCACCCCUUGCCAGCUCAGCUCGCCUCGUGGCACGCCAGCUGGCGCACACGCUGAGUGCUGACGUGGCAGCGGUAGUGGACCACAUGAAACCGGGGGGCAUACGCGACAGAACCGAGCGGGUCACCGAAGCUGCUGACGUGGCGGAGGCCAGCAGCACAGCUGCUGAAGCAGGUCCGGAAGGAGGUUCGGAAUCAGGUUCGGAGGGGGGGGGGCACGUGGUGCCAGCGACGAUGGAGCUGUGUCAAGAGGCGCUGUCAACGCUCUACUACCUGCUGCAGCGAUACCCAGAGGAGUUCACCCCGCAUUCCCCUGCCACCAGUGAAGGUCCAGAGGACGACCAAAGCAAGGAAGGCAAAGGAGGCGAUGAGAGCGAUGAGAGCAAGGGGGUGUGUGGGGAGCUGCUGUCAGUGCAGCGCGCAGUAGUGAGAGUGCUACAAACGGGGGUGCUCUCUAGAGACGCCACUGUAGCAGCAGCUGUAGCGCUGUGCGCGCUGCUGCCUCUUGUCCAAUCAGAGACAGGCGCAGGUGCAGCAGCAGGGGGAGGAGGAGGAAAAGCCGGGGAGGAGGAGGAGGAGGAGAGGAAGGAAGGGCGGCUGGCUCUGGCUCUGGCGCGCUCCUUCUUUUCCUCGCCUGCCAUGCUGCCAUCCGCAGCUGCUGCGAAUCCCAUCCCUGUGGCAAUGGCUGGGAGUGAGUUUGUGGACCCCUUGACCGUACUGGAUGCGCUUAUAGCGAGGCAGGACCACGCAGCCACACAGGGAGCAGGCGUGGGCGUUUUAGAUUCAGUGCAAUGCGUGCAAGGCCAGGGCUGCAAAGGUGAAGGCGCAGAGGCUGGAAGCAUCGACGGCGCAGCAGCGGUGGGUGCCCCGCAGUCAUGGGCGUCGCAGUCAUGGGCGUCCCUUGGCGUGGACGGCUUCCCACUGUUCAGCCAGCUGUGCUGCAUCCGCGGCAUGCUCACCGCCGUGCCCCGCCAAGCCCUGACACACCGCCUGCUGCUGCUGCCGCCACUGCCACAGGCACAAGAAGCAGCGUGCGCAACGCCAGCAGCAUCAGCAUGGGCAUCAGAAGCAGGAGCAGGCUCAACCGAGCAGGCGCUGGAGGUGCGGGGGUGGUCGCUGCUCUUCGACGGGCUGCUGCCUCGCAUCCUCUCCUUCUGCGAAGCUUCCUCCGAUGCCCACUCCAAGUUCCACGCGGUUACCGCCCUCCAGAUAUGCCUCCACCAGAUCAAGACAAGCCUGCUGGACGGCACCUGCGCUGCCUCCCGUGCACUGUUCACACGCCAGGUGGGUCGGAUCCGGGCCACGUGGCGAGCAGGGAUUGGUGGAGAGAAAGGGUCAGCAGCAGUAGCAGCAUCAGUGAGUGGAGUUCAGGAGCUCUGUGAAUUUCCGUUCCUCCCAUUGGUGGAAACGCUGACAGAGAAUGCCAGUGCACUGGCGUAUGAGGAGAUGCCACGUGGCAGUGUGGAGCGCGUUCUGGGCGCGGUGUGGGGCCACUGGGAGGACCCGCUGACUCAGACGGCCAGGCAGGCGCACGUGGCGCUCGACCUGCUGCUGGACGUGGUGCAGGCGGCGGAGAGAGAGGGGGGGACGGCUGGGGGGGAGAUGGGGAGAGAAAAGGGGAGAGAGGAGGCGAUUGAGGAAGAGAAGAGAAGGGGAGAGGAGAAUGCUGAGCUGGUAGGGGAAAGUGUGCAGAAGAGUGAGGAGAGGGAGGGGGAGGAAGAGGAGGAAGCGGAGGAGGAUGUGGUGGAGGGGUUGGGGCUCAUGAUGGGGGAAGAGCAGGGAGGGGGGGAGGGGGAGGAGGGGGAGCAGAAUGGGAGUGCAGAGGCCAGCCCAGACGCUGAGGCAGGGCAGCCGCCAGAGGCAGGGGAAGGGGCAGAAGUGGAGGGCGGUUCUGGGGCAGGUGAUUCCAGCGAGGGCGGCGAGUUUCGGCAGUUUGCGGAGCAGCUGGCGCGGGAGGUGCUGCAGACGGGCCCGCACAGAAAGGGGCGGUACGUGCCUCUGGCGUCGCUGGCCCUGCGCCUGGGGGCCGGGCGGCUGCUGCGGAUGAGCAAGGAGGGGCGAGAGGGGGGUGGUGGGGGUGGGGGGGAGGAGAGGGAUUCGCCAGGCACGGAGGGAGCAGGUGUGGAAGGGGCAGCUGGGGAGAUGCAGUCCGCCUCUCCAGGAGUGGGGGUGGAGAGUAUGGUCAUGCGGUUCCCAGAGGGCGUGUUGGGCGACGCCAUAGCAGCCAUGGGCGACGAGGGCGUGUGCUGCGCCGUCUCCUCCUUCCUCAAGGCGUUCUUGGCGCGCCUCAGGGAGGAGUGCUGGGCGGGCAACGCGGGCGCUGAGCACGAGGGAGGAGACAGAAACCGAGGCGAGAUGCCAGGGAGGGGAGGCGGGGGGGACGUGGCAUGGCGGCGGGUGUGGAUGCCGGCCGUGCUGUGCGGGCUGGUGCAGGGCGCUGCUGUCCACCGCAGCAACACUGCCACGUACGCGCUCCCCGUGCUGCUGGCCUUGGACCCCUCCGCGCUCUGGCCCCUCCUCGCCUUCCUCACCGCCCCCACCCUCACUCCCUCGGGCGUCGCCCACCUCACACUGCAUACCGCUUCAGCCGCAGGCUCGGAAUCCGAGCCUGGCGGGUUGGACGGUUUGGAGGGCAGCGGGCAGGCGGUGUGGGAGGAUUGGGCGGAGCUGGCGGAUGGCAGCAGUGGGGGGCCGCAUGGGGAGUACCCGUGGGGUGCCAGUGUGGAUGCAAGGGUGGGGGCCGUGGUGGCUCUGCUGAGGAUGGGACGAGGCAUGGGGGUGGUGGAUGGGGCGGUGGACGACGCUGCAAGGGGGGGCAGGAGGAGGAGGAGGGAGGGGGGAGGGGAGGGGGAGGGAAGGAAGGGGGAUGAGAACGGGAUGGCGGAAGGGCAUGAGGAGAGAGGCAGUGACUGGUCGGGCGGGCCACAGACCGUGCUGACGUGGAUGCUGGAGCGCGCCACGUGGCAUGCUGACGAGGCGGUGCGAGUGGACGUGGCAGAGCUUCUCUGCAUCUCGUACCGCACCACUGCCAUGCCCUCCCUGCCCGAGCUGCGCCUACUCGCGCUGGCCUUCCCCCUCAACCUGCGGUGCUCGUCCCCCAACCUGCGCAUGCGCUGGUGCUCCAUCGUGCGCCGCUUCUUCGCGCGCGUCAGAGCCGCCGUGGAGCGGCGCGAGAGGAAAGGACAGGGAGGGGAGAGAGUCACGGUGGUUGGAGGGGUUCACGACAAGAAGGGCUCUCAGGAAGGAAAGAACAGGGAGGUCGAGGAGGAGGAAGGGGAGGAGGAGGAGGGGGAGGAGGAGGAGGGGGAGGAGGAGGAGGGGGAGGAGGAGGAGGGGGCGAGUGUGCGCGAGGUGCAGGGCUUCAUACACUGGCUGACAGCCCUCCUCUUCGCCUCCCUCUACCCCUCCGCGCCCUACGAGCGCAAGAGCAUGGCGCUCGACACGCUCUGCGCCCUCAUGGACGUCUGGAGCCCCCGCGACUUCCUCCCCCCCCUCACCACUCCCCCUGCUGCCCCCCCCACUUUCUCCCCCUACCCCCCCGGCGCCCUCUGGGACCGCCUGCGAGAGGCGGCGCUGACCACCCUCCUCAAGUACCCUGCGCCGCUGCCCGGGCUGGAGAGGGAAGGGGAGGUGGCGGGCGUGGUGCAGUGGGCGUGCGGGCUGGUGAUGAGCCCGAGAGUGAGGGAGAGCGACGCGGGGGCGCUGGUGCUAAAGCUGGUGUUUAAGAAGUACGUGCUGGGGCUGGGGUGGCGGGUGAGGGUGUUCCCCACUGUUACAGUCACUGCCACGGCUGCUGCUGCUGGUCUUAAUGCUGACUCUGCUGUUAUUUCCAGCAACAUCAGCAAUGGCGGCAGUGACGGCAGCAGCAGCAGGGGGGCAUCAGCAAUGCUGGAGUAUCUGCAGUCGCUGAACGAGUGGCUGGCAGCGCUGGUGGAGGAGGGCGAGCGCGACAUGAUCGGCGCAUGCCGCCACAGCCUCGUGCACGGCGUGCUGCUGCUCCUGCGGUAUACCCUUGAGGAGGUGGACUGGACGGCCGUGCCUGCGCACGCUGCUGCAAAAGCAGUUGGCGAGGCGCCAGCACCAUCCCAAGCAACAGCCGUUGCAGCAGCAGCAGCAGCAGAAGCACUGGGUGAAGCAGAAGUGGUAGCAGGCGGCAUGCAGGGCGUGCUGCAGCGGGUGCUGGCGCUGGUGCUGCGAGUGACGGGGCUGGCGCUGUGGGUGGUGGCUGCGGACGGGCUGCGCGUGGACGUGGGCGAAGGGGGGCGCAUGCGAGUGAGCGACAAAGACAGGCAAGAGGGGGGUGCUGUUUGCCAUGGGGGACUGGAGGGGGAGGAGGAGGAAGAGGAGGAGGGCGACGGCGAUGCAGCAGACAAUGAUGGCGAGGCUACUGGUGUCGAUGAUGCGGAUGACGGUGCUGAUGACGAUGAUGACGAUGACGAUGCUAUCAACACAGAACUGGACGGUGGGGACAGCAGCGCCCCCCAGCUGGCGCCGGUGGAGCAGAUGGUGAUGGUGGCGUGCUGGCUGUCCAUGAAGGAGGUCUCGCUGCUCCUUGGCACACUCGCCCGCGCUGUGCCGCUGCAACCCCACGCGGGCGACCAGCAAGCUCGCGAGGCAGAUGGAGGGGGGGAAGAGAGAGGGGGGGAGAGGAAAGGAGAGGAGGAAGCGACAGUUGGAGGGGAGUUGUUGGAUGCAGCUCAGCUCAAGUGGGCGACCACUUCGUCUCGCUACUCCUCGCCAUGAAGCACAACGGCGCCGUCGACAAGACCCGAGCGGGCUUCAUCGCCCUCACCGACCGCCUCCUGCGCUGCCCCUCCCCCGCCCUCAACUCGCUCCCACGCCGCUGGCUCACCACCCUCCAAUCCCGCCUCACGGCGCCGAACCAAACCCUCAACGACCUCAUCCGAAGGUCCGCGGGCCUGCCUGCUGCGUUCUUGGGGCUGUUCCUGGGCGAGCCGCAGGGCGCGCCCAAAGUGCUGCUGCCACGUGCCGUCACCUGGC